AUGGCGGCAUCAUCUGGAUCCAACAACAAUAACCAUAAUCAACCUCCAUCAAACAUGCUUCCUGCCAGAUGGCCACACUCGUCUUUUGGUACACUUGCUACGAAUCCUGAUCAACUUCGUGAGUCUGCCGCCGGGAGUUCCAGUUGUAGAGAAACCUUUCCGACUGCCGAUGUCAAGACUGUUAAAAAAGAAAACGACAUCACCGACCAGCCGGUCAUCCGUCGGAUUGCUGAUUCGCAUAAGGUUUAUCUUCAAGAUAUAGCUUGAGAAAGAGUUGAUGUCAUUUCUGAGAAAAUGUGUGUACUUCCUGAUGAUUACCUACAGGAAUUAAAGAUGGUACUCCGUGAGAUUCUUGAAGGAAUCAGUGGAUCGCAUUAUCGAGAAGAUCUGUUUCUUCUUCAGAAGCUUGUUCAGACCAGGUCUGAUCUGAACACCAUGACUUUAACCAAAGCUCAUCGAACACAGCUAGAGAUUCUCGUCGCUAUUAACUCAGGAAUUCAAGCUUUUCUUCAUCCUAACAUCAAUCUAUCUCAAUCCGCUUUGAUCGAGGUUUUUGUCUACAAACGCUGUCGAAACAUCGCGUGCCAAAGCCUCCUUCCGGCCGAAGAAUGCAAGUGCAACAUUUGCUCCAAUGAAAUGGGUUUCUGUAAUCUCUGCAUGUGCACCAUAUGCACCAAAUUCGACUUCGAUGUCAACACUUGUCGUUGGAUUGGUUGCGAUUCUUGUUCUCAUUGGACUCAUACCGACUGUGCUAUACGCGAAAAGCAAGUUUGUAUGGGGACGUCCGUGAUGGGUGGAGUUAGUUCACCACAAAUGGUCUUUAGAUGCAGGGCAUGUAGCCGGACGUCCGAGCUCUUUGGAUGGGUUAAAGGUGUGUUCCAACACUGUGCACCAUCUUGGACCCGUCAACAUUUGAUCAUGGAGCUUGAUUCAGUGAGUAGAAUCUUUGGUGGUAGCCAGGACUCUAGAGGGAGGCAGCUUUUCUGGAAGUCUGAUGAGCUUCUAGAAAAACUCAAGGGUGGAAUGGCAGAGGCAACAGCUUGUGAAAUCAUAUUGACAUUUUUCAAGGAGCUUGGACUGGACUCACCAGAAAGACCAGAUCCCAGUGGAAGUGAAGAUGCCUGCAACAAAAUAUAUGAAGUGGUGCAGGAGGCGAUCAGAAAGAUGGAAAUGGUGGCGAACGAGAAGAUGGAAAUGGUGGCAAAAGCACGAUUAGAGCUCGAUAACUGUGACCGUGAACUGGAGGAGAAGGGGCGGGAAAUCGCAGAACUGGAAAUGGGAAGACAUGAAAAGAAGCAACAGAUAGAAGAAUUGGAAAGCAUAGUUAGAUUGAAGGAGGCAGAGGCAGAUAUGUUUCAAGUGAAAGCUGAUAAGGCAAGAAGGGAAGCCGAUCGGCUUCGGAGAAUUGUUGUUGCCGCCAAGUCGAAGAGAUCGGAGGAAGAAGAAUAUGCUGCAAGAUAUUUGAAGCUCCGAUUGAGUGAAGCCGAAGCCGAAGCUGAGAGAAUGCAUCUUUUCGACAAGAUUAAACUGCAAGAACGGGAGCCGGAAACCGGGAUGAUGUAUUCCAAGAUUCAAGAUUUGCUGAAGAAUGUUUACAAUCAAGAUCAGGAUGUUAUUUGUAGCAGAAAAAGUGUAUGA